AUGGGGUGCCUGCAGAGCGUGGCCUGCAAGGCGCGGGUGCGCCGCGAGCAGAUCGUGGUGUCCGACGUGUCGGCCACCAUCGAGCCGGCGGCCACGGCCAUCGAGGAGAGCUCGCCGGUGGUGCUGCGGUACCGCACGCCCUACUUCCGCGCCUCCGCCCGCGUCCUCAUGCCGCCCAUCGCCCGGCGGCACACCUGGGUGGUGGGCUGGAUCCAGGCCUGCAACCACAUGGAGUUCUACAACACCUACAGCGACCUCGGCGUGUCAAGCUGGGAGCUGCCCGACCUGCGAGAAGGACGAGUAAAAGCCAUCAGCGAUUCGGACGGAGUGAGCUACCCCUGGUAUGGAAACACCACAGAAACCGUGACCCUGGUCGGGCCCACUAACAAGAUCUCCAGGUUCUCGGUGAGCAUGAAUGACAAUUUCUACCCCAGCGUGACGUGGGCUGUCCCCGUGAGCAACAGUAACGUGCCGCUGCUGACCAGGAUUAAAAGGGACCAGAGCUUUACCACGUGGCUCGUGGCCAUGAACACGACCACCAAGGAGAAGAUCAUCUUGCAGACCAUAAAGUGGAGGAUGCGAGUGGACAUUGAGGUGGACCCCAUGCAGCUGCUGGGGCAGCGGGCACGGCUGGUGGGCAGGACUCAGCAGGAGCAGCCGCGGAUCCUCAGCAGGAUGGAGCCCAUCCCACCAAACGCACUAGUGAAGCCCAACGCCAAUGACGCCCAGGUCCUCAUGUGGAGACCCAAGCGAGGGCAGCCCAUAGUGGUGAUUCCCCCCAAGUAGAGUGUGCAGGUGAGGACCUGGGUGCCCCCAGCCCGCUGCAGAUGAACAGGGUUUCCGAGCCAAAGCAGACAUCUCGGGUUCUCCUGCCUUUGUUGUUGUGGUUGGAAACGUGGCUCUUCCUCGGUCAGAAAUAGAGCCUGGCUGGCACAAGGGCGCAGAAGAGGGUUUGCUGAGCCGGAGGAUUUCCCAGGAAGUGGAAUCGAGUACUUGCAGCUGGCACAGAGGCUGUCUGACGUAAAGGACUUGUCUUUCCCUGCGGGGCGGCACAAGGAGCAUCAGUGUGGUCGAACCGUGCCCGUGGCAAAUGCUGCUUCCUGCCCGGCCGGAGGGAGAAGCAGAGGCUGUGCCUGCUGCUCAUGGGGGCUGCAGGGCACAGUGGGGUGCCCUGUCCCGCCAUGUCCCUGCCAUGUCCAUGCCUAUGCAUUUCAGGUCCAUAAUCCACCCCUGGUCUGCGCACUGGCACCGGGCGGGAGGGCCGGUGCCGGGGUGGGGGGCUGGGCAGAGCCGCUGCCAGCCGGUGCCACUGCCCCGGAGGGGUUUUCCGCAGCCCGGGGGGAGAGGGACACGUUUUGCAUGCAUCUGGGUGUGUUUGGAGUAGUUGUGAGUGUAGGAGAUGCUGUAGCUCUUUUCCGUCUUGGAGUGAGGUCUAAGGGCAGGUUAGAUGUCCUUUUGUUUUAAGGUGCACUAAGUCUUUGCAGCUCCUCAGCCUCCCCUCCCAAGUCCCGCUGACCCUUCUCUUACGGAAGCAGCACCGAUUCUCAGACAAGUGAGAAAUCGGGGGAGAUCUCCCAGCCCAGGUGCUCUGUGUGUGUGUCUGGUACCCAAACCAGCUCAGAGGUACACGUGGACUCACUUGGCUUCACAGCAGACCGCGCUCCCUAGCUAGAAGUUGAGUGCUUGCUCACUUUCCACGCAAAUGCUGGCUCACGUGGAGACCUCUUCCCCAGGGUGAACUGGCUGGGCCACCAGUGGAGGGGAUGGCACACCUUGUGGUAACUCCCCAAGCUCUGUGGAAAGCAGGGAUGUGAGUGGAGGCUGUUCAGGGCAGGGUUUGCCUGGGAAGGAGAAGGUGAAUGUGCUGCCUGGGGUCUGCCUUCUGCUGCUGCCGUGCUCGGAAGGGGUUACAGGGGGAUUUAUUUGCCUUUCUCCUCACUCCUUGCUGCCUGGAUGGCUGGCAUCGGCUGGUCCAUGGGGCGGCACGGUGCUGUGGGAUGCAGCUGGCAGUUCCCAGGAUGUCAGCCUGGAGUUGCAGCAGAGGCAUAAACCAUGGCUGUGCUGCUGCUGCUGCUCUGGGUGCUCCAUCAUUCCUGGGCAGGUGGUUAGAGCUUCUGCUGCUUUCUCUGCUUUAUCCUCCCCAGCAUGAGCCCUGCAGCUCCUCCAGCUCACAGCCCUGCACUCUUCACAUUGCAGGGGGAUUGUGCUGCCCUGGGGAUGCAGGUCAUUCCUGCUGGGAUGGUCCCAUGUGCUAUUCCCUGGCAGGAGAGCCUGGGGAGGAGCACUGGGUGGCAUUUCUGUGCACCCCAGGCCCCACCAGCACAGGGGCUCCCGAGGCAUCUUAGACCAAAAAUCCCUGUGAAACCUCUGUGCUAUUUAUUGCCCUCGGCAGUUUGCUGCUCAUCCAGUUACUUGUUUCUCCUAUGGGAGCGUUUCCUUUUGACGCCUUGGCGCCUUUCCCUGUGCCGGGGCCGGCGCUCCUCCCGCCCGGCCUCGCCCUGGGCUGGGAACCUGCUGCUUUCCGUGCCUAUGUCGGGGUUCUGCAGGGGCUACAGCCUUGCCGUGGGGCAGGCUUGGAGGGAGAGAGGGCUUUGAGCUUGGGUUUGUUGUGUUUUCUGCAGCAGAGCUCCCACAGGGAGCUUGCUGGUGUGGGAAGACGUCCUGCUCUUGUGAGACUGUGGUUUUGUCCUGGUGUGGGACUGAUGGCAGCUUUUGCCAUUGCUGAUGUUUCAUUUCUCAAAAAGUGUGUGUGGAGAGGGGUUAGAAACUUGAAAUACAAUUUUCCUUAAGGAGUGGGGGAGGAGGGGUGAGUACCUUUUGUUUUGAAGUAAGGCAGGUGUAUACUUUUGACCCAGGGGGACAGGAACCUCUCUGGCAGCAUCGGAGCUAAAAUGCCAGAGGAAGGGGUUCUCCAACAAACAGGUAGCUCCAGGGUGGGCUUCCUGCAGGGAGAGGGUGCUGUGUCCAGAGGCUGUGUGAGCCAGCUCCCCAAGACGCAUGGGAAAUGGCUGCAUGCUGCUGUCAGCCCAGGGAGCUGCUGUGGCACCGCCAUGGCUCCAGUUAUCUGGGAGAGUGGGGACACUGCUGCAGGGGUGCUGUUGAAUUCAUUGUCACCUUUUGGGAUUCACUGGCCAGUCUGAGCCUUGGCACAUGGCUCGUGCCAUGACUUUGAGACAGCGGUAGCUGAAUUUCUGCCCAUGAAUGUCUGCAACACCCUGGUGCCAGGGUCAGGCUCCAUGCCUGGCUGUAGCUGUGUGCCUGAUCCCCCAGGGCUGCCCCAGCCUGCAGGCAGGUGUUGGCUGAGCCCCGGGGCCAUGCCUGUGUUCAUCCCUCCAGGCUUCUGCCAGGCUUCCAUUCCCGCUCCUCUGACGCCUGGAUUUGAUGCACUUGACUCGGUUUGGUGCGUGGCUUGUCUUUGUAGGCAUUUCCCCGUUGAAAAAGAAGGGGGGAAAAAAAAAGAAGUUUGCAAAAACUGUUUGCAGAGAAACACGCGCAAACAGUGUUUACAGAAACGUGCAGGCAUUUUGCAUGUUGGCAAAAUGUGCGUGUUCACACCUGGGUGGAGGUGGAGCUCUGGGGCUGGUGGUGCUCAGAGGAAGGGGAGGGAAGGUGGUGGGGGAGAGCUCCCAUGUAUGAGUCUGAGUUUGGCUCAUUCCCUGUGGCUGGAUGAGCACUCAGACCCCUGGGCUUCAUCCCAUGGGAUGCUUUCCCUGUGCCCCCCCUUCCCCACCAGCACCCCGUUAUCUCAGGGAGGGGCAGCUCACGGGAAUGCCCACCCUCACGCUCCCCGUGCCCUGAGCCUCGGGGUGCCCCUUCCCCUCGUCGGGUCACGUAUUUAUUUAUUUAUUUAUUUAUUUAUUUAUUCAUUUAUUUAUUUAUCUAUUUAUUUAAGUUAU